GCACCGAGAUUUCUCCUUCCCCAUUCCCACGUUAACGGUAUCACCGAUCUCUGCUUUAAAUGCAGGGCACCCUCAAAAUCCUCCUCUCUCUUUCCCACCGACGCUCUCUCUCAUCUCUCAUUCCCACAGAUUCUCUCUCUCUCUCUCUCUCUCUCUCUCUCUCCAAACGAACGGACAGAGAUCAUCUCUCCAAUGGCGUCCUCGAGGGUAGAUCUGGACGGCCGUACGAUCAAGCCAAUCACCAUCUGCAUGAUUGGAGCGGGUGGCUUCAUAGGCUCGCAUCUCUGCGAGAAGCUGCUGGCAGAGACGCCCCACAAGAUCCUGGCCGUCGACGUCUACAACGACAAGAUCAAGCACCUUCUCGAGCCUAGCCCAUCCAAUCCGACCCUACCUUGGGCCGAUCGCAUCCAGUUCCACCGCAUCAACAUCAAGCACGAUUCUCGCCUCGAAGGCCUCAUCAAGAUGGCAGAUCUGACUAUCAAUCUCGCGGCGAUCUGUACUCCGGCCGAUUACAACACCCGCCCGCUGGAUACUAUAUACAGCAAUUUCAUUGAUGCGAUUCCAGUCGUCAAGUAUUGCUCAGAAAACAGCAAGCGUCUAAUCCAUUUCUCUACUUGUGAAAUUUAUGGGAAGACAAUCGGAAGCUUUCUCCCCAAGGAUCACCCUCUGCGUCAGGACCCUUCUUUCUAUGUCCUCAAAGAAGAUGCCUCUCCCUGCAUAUUUGGUCCUAUUGAGAAACAGAGAUGGUCUUAUGCAUGUGCGAAGCAACUAAUUGAAAGGCUAAUUUAUGCUGAGGGUGCGGAAAAUGGUCUUGAAUUCUCCAUUGUGAGACCUUUCAACUGGAUUGGACCAAGAAUGGAUUUCAUACCUGGCGUUGAUGGUCCAAGCGAGGGUGUUCCAAGGGUUCUGGCAUGUUUCAGUAACAAUCUCCUGCGUGGUGAGCCACUUAAGCUUGUAGAUGGUGGCCAAUCACAAAGAACCUUUGUUUAUAUCAAAGAUGCUAUUGAAGCUGUUUUAUUGAUGAUUGAAAAUCCAGAAAGAGCCAAUGGUCAUAUUUUCAAUGUGGGCAAUCCUAACAAUGAAGUCACGGUGAAGCAACUUGCAGAAAUGAUGACAGAGGUGUACUCGAAGGUAAGUGGAGAACCUGCAUUGGAGGUGCCAACUAUUGAUGUGAGCUCCAAAGAGUUUUAUGGUGAAGGAUAUGAUGACAGUGACAAACGAAUUCCAGACAUGACUAUCAUCAACAGGCAGCUCGGUUGGAAUCCCAAGACGUCGCUGUGGGACCUGCUGGAAUCAACACUGACUUACCAACACAGGACAUACGCCGAGGCCAUCAAGCAGCUGACUUCGAAGCCGGUUGCAUCCAGCUAGAAGCUAAAAUGCAGUAGUUUUAAGUAAAUGUUGGGAGGCCCGAUUUUUUGAAGAAACCAUGUGAUACUGCUUGCUUAUUCAUAUAUGUUUCUGGCAUCGGUGGCCAUUUGCCAAUCACCGCUGAUGGCCCAGGUAAUGUCUGUAUUGCUAUAAUUUAUAAGUAUCGAGAAAGCAGGACCUUGGGGAUAUAUCCAAUUCUAAUGUCGUUUUGUAGUAGCAGCAACGAGGGGCUGGCUGGUUUGGGGCAUUAGAAAGAAGCCUCUUGUUAUUUGCUGUUUUGCUUUUUCUCUCGUCUUUCAUCUGUAGUGAACUCUCGACCAGCCUGUAAUUUUUGUUUCAUCCAUUAAAGGGCACACCUUUAUUUAUUUACUUCCAUUCUAAAUUCUGUGCAAAAUCCGUAGUCUUGCUGGGAAGCUGACUCUUUUAUUUUCUCUAUUAUUCACAAAAUUUCUAGAAUGGUUUUGCUCUGA